GAGUAGAUUGGGAAUGUAUUGGGAAAAAACCUGAUGUUAUGGUGUUGGUAGAGCAUAAAGAAAAAAUUAACGAGCUUUUAUAUGUUGAAUGUUCAUGUAUUCUCUGUACCAAACAAAAAAAAGCUGAUAUUAGUAUGAAGUUAUAG